AUGAGAGCUACUGUCCUUCUAUCCCUUGUUCCUUUUAUCCAGGGCGUGCUGUGCGCUACAGACGUCUCAGGUGGCUCACCUGCGACGAUCAACGACCUUCCCUACCUCGUCAGCGUCCUGCGAUCCGGCUCUCCCACCUGCGGUGGUGUGCUCAUCGCCAACAAUCGUGUUCUCACGUCUGCCCAGUGCGUCUAUGGGGCCGAGGCAUCUCCCUCGAGCUUUUCAGUGAGGACUGGCUCCAGCCAGACAUUGUCGGGAGGAUCUGCAUUCACGGUAUCGAAGAUUGCUCGACACUCUCAGUUCAACCCCACCACCUACGAUUACGACGUCGCCGUGCUUACACUCAUCACCUCCAUCACUCCGGGUCCGACGGUCGCGUUGAUUGAUCUGGUUCCGUCUGGCCAGGAGCCCGCGGUGGAGACGGAAUGCGUUGCUUCGGGGUGGGGGGACUUGGAGAGACAAUUGCAAUCGGUUACGCUCCCGAUCGUGGACCGAGACACCUGCGAUCAGGCAUAUGGCGGCCGAAUCACCGACCGUAUGAUCUGUGCUGGCGGCGAGGCUGGGAAAGGAACCUGUCCCGGAGAUCGCGGGGGGCCGCUUACUUGCGGUGGUCAAAUCGCUGGCAUCAUCUCCCAGACCAAUGGAUGCGACCUGCUCGGUCUUCCCGAUGUUUUUACCGAUGUGGCA